AUGUACGGGAUUGAAGACCGGCGCUUCACCCGCCAGCUUUCUUUUGGUUCGCUCGUUGAUCUGAGUGAGAAGAAUGAGCUUGGUCUCAACGGCACACGUCGUCGAAUCGCCAUUGUCGGCGCUGGCAUCACGGGCGUCGCAACUGCCUGUCAUAUCUUGGAUGCCGGAUUCGAAUGCCACAUCUUCGAGGCCGGUGAUAAAGAGAGCGUGGGGGGCAUCUGGACCAAAGUCAACAACACUUCAACGCUUCAAAUCCACUCCAACUUCUACAAGUUCCACGAUGCGGUAUCAUGGGAAAGCGAAUACCCAAAUCGCCAGGAGAUUCUGGGCCAGGUGAAGAAGCUCUGGGAUUUCUAUGGCCUCGCCGAAAGAACGACUUUCAACUGCAAAGUGACGAACACUUUUCAAGAGGAUGACGGUAAAUGGGUGGUGAACGACCCCACCAAUGGGUACUUUGAUGGCCUUGUGGCAGCGGUUGGCACUUGCGGCGACGUCUAUGCGCCCGCGAUUGCAGGACAAAGCUUUUUCCAAGGACAGGUCAUCCACUCAUCAGAGCUCGACCGGGAGGCGGUCGAAGGUAAGAAGGUCCUCAUCGUCGGUGGAGGUGCCAGUGCGGUGGAAGCUCUCGAAUUCGCGUGCGACAAUGGGGCUGCUUCAGCCAAUGUCCUCGCAAGGGUAACACAACCUUUGUCUCUUUCAGCUGAGAACAAUUCGCUGACAGCUCGUAGUCGGAGCGAUGGUUUAUCCCUCGUCACCCAAUGUUCAAUGCCUGCCUCGCUGGUACGAUAGGGGAUCGUUACGGAAUAUUGGCACGCAUUCUGGAGUUCUUCCUUCGGCUUAUCUUCUAUCGCGAGUUCUGGGAGAUGGCCCCGCCGUCGAAUGGCUCUAACGGGAUCUUUUCUGGAACGCCCAUUGUGAAUAGUCGCGUAUUUCAAUUGAUAGUAAGCAGACUCAGUGCAUGAAGGAAAAGAAUCGAGCUGACCUUUCCACAGCGCGACGGUCGUGCAGGCUGGGCUCGAGCGGACAUCGAAUCGUUCGCGCCGAACGGACUGCAUGUGUCUCAUCGUAGAAGGGGGGCCCUAAAAGGCGAGAUUGGUGACCAGCGCAUCGAAGAAGGCGAGGUCAUCAUUCUUGCUACCGGAUACACUCGGCCGUCUCUUUCGUUCCUCCCGAAGUCGUCCUGCAGCAGCAAGUACCAGCCGCCGAAUUGGUUCUUGCAAACCUUCCCAACAACCGAUCCGACUGUGUGUGCUACAAAUUGCACUUGGAGAGAUGGAAUUGGCAGUGUUGGAGGAUGCCACAUUGGGAUUUACACUCGCUUCUUGUUGGUCUUCUUGGUUGAUCCUCGCACUGCGCCGACGGAAACAAUCAUGAAGUACUGGGUCGACCUGGUCCACAUCCUCAAGAAGCCUUCACCAGGCGGUGCUCUGGCUUUCGUUACAUCCGCGGAGUUGUUCUUUUGGUUUCUGGUCGUUAUACUUGUUCAGCCAGCACUAUGGCCAUACAUGAGCUUCAUUCUUGGCGGUCCUGGACCGAAACUGAAACCAGAGCCGCCUGCGAGACCAGUUGAGGUCAAGAGAAGCAUGCGGAGACGAAGUCGGGACAAUAUGAUGGCGCUGGCGAGGUAG